AAUUUUCCUACUCAUCAGAAAAAGUUUAAAUAAUUUAAUCAUCAGAAAGAGUUUAUAUAUAUAUUACUUAUACGUUUUAUACUAUUCGUUUUAAUUUAAGUGUUGGACAGUCUUUACAUCCCCAGCGUACAAAUACGCUAAGCUAAGCUGGAGGUUUAGGCUUAGUAAAUGGGAAAGAAUCCGAAAGAUAAUGUUCAGUUAAAAUGUUUGUGUUGUUAAUGUUAGUACGUAAAGUUGUAACUUGUAGACCUACUUUACUUUAAACUUUUAGUCAGUUUUGUAGCACAAAGAGUGUACAAGUUACUUUUUUAUGAUGAUAUUAAAUAACUAAUUCAUCAUAUUCCUUUUCUUGAGUUGAAAAUCAAUGCUCUUUUGCAGUAUAAUGAGUUAAGUUAAAUGUUUCAUAGGCGAAGUUGGCUGCUGGACAGUCAAACUCAAACUGGACUGGAACUUGGAAACAGAUAUUAUGAAUAUCCGGGAUACUGGGUCGUUUCCUUAAGAGUCGGGUUGGAAAAUGGCGGUGCAGUGUGACGGGGGUGGAAAAGAUGAACUAAAAACACAUUUUAUGAUACGUGAAGGAGUGUACAAACUGAUGACCCAUUCCGAAUAUUCAAGGCCUAAUCGUGUUGGCUAUAACACGCAGACAAACACACCCGUGAAAGUAUCAUUUGUAACUUUACCUGAUCAACCUACAGGGUGUAGUGACCAUAUUUGCUUCAAUGUUGGAAGGGAAUUAUAUGUUUAUGUGUAUAAAGGUGUUAAAAAGGCAGCAGACCUUACAAAACCUGUGGACAAACGUGUGUAUAAGGGCACCUACCCCACCUGCCAUGACUUCAACCUGCACACACUAACUGGUGAAAACGUGUCACUCUUAGUUGGUUUUUCUGCUGGUCAGAUCCAACUUAUUGAUCCUAUCAAGAAAGAACUUAGUAAACUUUACAAUGAAGAGAGGUUAAUUGACAAAACAAAGGUAACUUGCUUAAAAUGGGUACCAGGUUCUCCAAACAUUUUUUUAGUUUCACAUAGCAGUGGACAGAUGUAUGUUUAUAAAGAUGAUUUACCAUGCGGUACGACACCGCCGCAUUAUCAGAUCUUUAAACAGGGAGAAAAUUUUGCUGUGUAUACAUGUAAAACAAAGAGUACAAGAAACCCAUUGUACAGGUGGGUUAUUGGAGAAGGCUCAUUAAAUCAGUUUUCGUUUUCACCUUGUUCCAAAUACUUAGCAACUGUGAGCCAAGAUGGAUUUCUUCGUGUGUUUAACUAUGACACAAUGGACCUUGUUGGAUUGGUACGCAGCUACUUUGGAGGGUUGUUAUGCGUGUGUUGGAGUCCAGAUAGCAAGUAUAUUGUUGUGGGAGGAGAAGACGAUCUAGUAACUGUUUGGUCUUUUCUUGAAAAACGAGUAGUUGCACGGGGUUAUGGACACAAAUCAUGGGUGAAUGUUGUGGCAUUUGAUGCACACAACAUUUCCUAUGCAAAUGGUGUUGAUUUUGGUGGAAGUGAAGAAGACCUGUCACCAUUAAUAGCAUCAACUGGUCUAAAUGAUUCUUCAAAACUGAGCAUCCCAAACAAUUCCAAGUCAAGUGCUUCAGGGUCAAGUGCAUAUCAGACUUCAAUAGCUACUUCUAAUAGAAGUUCUUUAGAUAUGCAGUCUUUAAAUAUUACUUCUUACAGGUUUGGCUCUGUUGGACAAGACACUCAGUUCUGCCUCUGGGAUUUAACUGAAGAUGUUUUAAAACAGCCAAUGGGGCGAACACGAACUAGUGUUGUGCUGACUAAUCCCUCCAUACAGCUCUCGCCUCUAUCAAAGUUCAACAAUGUAGAUCAUGCUCAGGCAAACUGUAUAGCUAAGGAUACUUCUAUGGUAGAUGGCAACUUAGUGUUACCUUUGAAUGUUGUAAGUAAAAGUGGUACAUUAGAAAAAGAAAAAAUGGACAAAGAUCACAAAAGGAACUUCAGUCUUUCCUCACGUAGCAAUGAAAAAAAUAGUCUAAAUAAAUCAAGUUACAGUAAGGUUCUGGAUGACCCUGUCAGAUUGAUUGGAACAACCAUAUGCCCACGCCUUGAUGAAGUGCCAAUGUUAGAACCACUUGUGUGUAAAAGAAUUGCUCAUGAACGGCUGACAGACUUAGUAUUUAGAGAAGACUGUGCAGUAACAGCAUGUCAGGAAGGUUAUGUAUGCACAUGGGCAAGGCCUGGAAAAACGACAAAGGACAAUGAUAUAAACUUCAACUGCAAGAAAUUUGGCUCUCCUGAAAACAACAAACAUAAGGUUUUGAUAUGAAAGACAUCAGUAAUGAAGCUAAAGCUCAAAGCUUAACUCAGCAACUUGUAUCCACCCAUAGUCUAGUAAACCUUUGGCAGGAACUGUUGUAACAUAUACUACAACAACAGAGGAACCAGAGAUGUUUUAGUUAUUAGAAACUGGGGAAAAGCUCAUGACGUAAAAGUAUCAUGAUAUUGAAGAUAAUGAGAAAACAAACAAGUUUAUGAUUGGUUAUGUCUACUGGCCUGCCAACUAGUCUCAAGAAAUUAUAUAUUGGCUAGUACUCCAACCAAAAGUGCUCAUUAUCAUCACAUAGCUCCUCCUCGGAGAUCAACUUAUUUGUGUAUAAGAAUUUAGAGUUCUAUAUCUCCUUUGGUGUUUUCAUCCAUUGAAACAUUUUGUCUUAUAGUCAGUAGGGUUAUUUAAUGAAAAUGAAGGAAUACUCUGUGACGUAGAACAUCAUUAUUCAAUUUUUAUACAUCUGUGACCUACAGCAGCGAUACUUUAUGGCAGAGUUGAUCCAUCUAAAGUUUUGGUAGAUGGGUAAUUCACUUGGGCACAGAAUAUCAUUGUAUUUCUUUGAUUCGUCUACAGUAUAUAAAAUUGAUAAUCUGUGACCCAGGACCAACUGUUCAUCAUUGUGUUUUUCUACAGUGCAUGUGAGUGACACUUUAAGUCGCAGAACACUAUAAUUCAAAUUUGAAAUAGAAUCCCCCCCUAUUUUUAAGUUAAACUAUUCUGCUGAUAUGAAUGUUGGAAAGAUUGUGGUAAAUCAUUGAUCAUGGUCUGAAUAAAAAUAUAUUAUAAGUUUUAUUUAUUCUGAAAUUUGAUAGAUGUCAGUUUAAUUUAAGUUCAUUUAAUUAUGGCUAGUUAUUAAAUAAAAUGAAGAAAUAAGUGAUUGUAUUCCUUGCAAAAGGAAUUUUAUGUGCAGUAAGAGUUUAAAAAUAAUGUGUCAUAUCUUAGUUUAACUUUUCUAAAUGUGAAAUAUUUUUGUUAAGAAAAAAAUACAAGUUGCUGCUAUUUGUUUUAAAGUGUGGUCAGUUUGAAAAUAUUUUUUUUAAAGUUGGUGAUCUAAAAAUGGAAUGACAGAGAACAAUCAAUUAUUAUUAAAUUACAUUUGUUGUAUUUGCAAAGGUUGUAAAAUGUAAAUGAUUAAUUUCUUAAAUUUUCUUACUUUCUAUGAUAUGAGAGUCUGAAAAUGUUAUAACAGAUUUAAAUAUAAUUGUUUUUUUUGUUGUGUUCUAAGAAAUUAGAAACUUUGAAUAAAAUAUUCAGAUAAAUUAUGAGAAAAACAUUACGGAGGUAAAUUUGACAUAUGUCUAAUUACUGUGUGAGAAACAAAUAUUUAAAAUGGUUUAAAAAGACAUGUUAUCUGUACUUAAAUGUUUAAACAAUACCAAAUGUAAGGUUAUGCAAAAAAAAAAAAGAAUUUUACAUUCUAAUAAGCAUUUUUUAUGGCAAUCAUGAUACAGAUUUGAUAUAUUUCUUCUGUAGUUGUGGUAUAUUGUUUCAUAUGGGUAUUGUACAGUUGUCUCUCAGUCUUUCCCAGGAUUUA